AUGAGCGAUGACGCACCGUACGAGGAAGAAAUCAACAAACUAGUCGCCGAACAUGGAGCGGUUCCUCCCCCAUACGUCACGUUCCCAGACAUACACCCAUUUGAGAUUUCCUGGCGUAUCGGCUCCGGCGAAUCUUAUUUAAUGAUGUAUUCUGCCUGGAGCGCUAAAGAAGGAAUGGGCGAAGCCCAAUGGAUUGAAUAUUUCCGCAAGUUCCCACCUCCGCCGAUUUGGCUCACGUGGGCGAUUGAUUGUAUUUGGAGUGUCGCGGAGAAGGUCGAGGAGAAUAUUGGAGAGAAUAGCGACGACGACCACGACGAGUUCAAUUUGGAUCCGUUGGAAUUUGACUACUGGUGCUAUUUCAGACGCACAGCGGCGCUUGGCUUCGGAACGGAGUCGGAUUGUAAACGUGCUUGGGAAGAAAACAGGGAAAGAAGAAAAAAGAAAUGGGAAGCAUGGCGUUAG